CCCAGGCAGGCCAUGACGAGGGUUGUUUCUGCGUUGUUCUAGAGAUAUUCUCACGGAUCCAUGAAAUAUAUUUUUGCCAUAUUUUGCAUGUGCAUUUGAGGGGACCUGCCUACGACUGUCUGCCGACGCAGCUGCCUGGGCAGCAGCUGUCAGAGCUCGCGCCAUGACGUUUGUUCAGGAACAGAGCUCAGCCCACUCCACGUGCUGUUGCCAAGCACUUGCCUGCCGCGAGGGGCCAAACGCGGGCUAUCAGCCUACCUUACGCACGAAGUACAACCACAGCUGGCCUCGCCGUGUUCAACAACCAUCUUCGCCAGCCAGCUCUUCUUAUCAACUUCUACCAAGGGCAGACACAUCCGCCCGCCAUGACUGACUCUGACAUCGCAACAAAGGCUCCCGAGAGCGACACCCAAGAGCAACAACAACAACAUCAGCAGCAGCAGCAGCAGCAGCCACAGCAGCCCGCCGAGGGCAGCCUCAAGAGUGCCGACGACAAUGUGUCGCAAGCAGAGCCCGUUGUCGGGGAGCAUUGCGUGUCAGAUAGGCCAACUCCUAUCGGUCAGGCCGCCACAGGCGAGAUCAUCAAGCUCAAUGACAUAGACGUCUACAUCUCCAAGCCCGCCGACUACCCGCACACACCCUCCCGCCUGCUCCUCCUGCUCACCGGUGGCACCGGCAUCCGCUCCACCAACAACCAGAUACAGGCCGACAAAUUCGCCUCGGCCGGCUACGUGGUGGUGAUGCCGGACCUCUUCGGCGGCGACACAGCCCCCGCGGCGACAGCCAUUACAGAUGACUCAACGUCGCUGCUCGAGCAGGUCAAGCUCAAGGCUGUCGAAGUAACCAAGUCCUUCAUGAUCGACAUGUGGCUGGCGCGCAUCACCGCCGACCGCGUCAUGCCUGUGCUGCACCGCAUCGUCGACGCCACACGCGAACUGUACGCCGACGCCGUGAGCCAUGGCGGCGGCAUAUACGCCGUCGGGUACUGCGUCGGCGGUCGCUUCGUCUUACUGCUCGCCCAGGAGUCACAGAGGCAAGGCGCGGGCGCGGGCGAGGACGCCGAGACGGGAGCCCUCAAAAAGGGCCCUUACAUCAAGGCUGGCGCUCUGGCGCACGCGGCUUCUGUCACGCCUGACGACUUCAAGGACCUGAAGGUGCCGCUGAGCUUGGUCUGCGUCGAGAACGACCCGUUGUUUCCAGACGCUGUGAGGGCGGCCGGCGAGGACGCCAUGUCCGGCGCCAACCUGGAGCACGAGGUUCACGUGUAUCCGGGAGUGCCACACGGCUUCGCUGUGGUGGGCGCAUAUCCAGACAGCGCCAUCAGCGACGCGCAGGCGACGGCGUACGAGCAGAUGCUCAAGUGGAUCCAGGAGCAUUGAUGGGCAGAGGAUGGCAACAUAUUCACUAUACCAAGGCUAUUGACGGGAGGGAGCAACGUUGCAUAACGUAACGAUGGUUUUCAUGAUUGAUUCGUUUCAUGUUAUCGUUCAUCAUCGCCCUUGGGCCGAAAAGAUACCACAGGUGUUGCGCACACCUACCGUUCAGGAAACGGUGCAGACAAUCUUUCCCGAGUUCUUGGCUUCCUCCAUGUACUUGUGUGCCUCCUGUAUCUGGUCCCAUGGCAACACCUUGUCGAGGAUGAUCUUAAGCUUGCCGGACUCGAAGUCAGGUAGGUACGUCUCGAGCUUGUCUCGCAGCUCGCCCUGGUAGUCCUCGUCGCGGCUGCGCAGCGUCGACCCCUCGAUGCGGAUGCGCUUGAAGAGAAUCUGCGAGAUGUCGGCGUCGGGAACCUUGCCACCGCCCAGGGUGCCGAGCAGAACGAUGCGG